CGAGCUCUGAGACUGAAGUCAGUCAGUCCAAAGAAACUUUCGUUACAGCAGCAGGCGAUACUCGCCCUUCUUCUGUGAAGAUUGAGCUGAACCAAAUAAUGUUAUGUUUUUCACACUAUGUGCUGAACGCCCACAAUGCCAGGAAAUAUUUAAGAACCGUGAUCUUUGGAAGAGCUUUAUCGGUUCCAGUGGAACCUUUAGAACUUACCGCCAUAUCGUUUUACACAAAACGCACAUAGACACCAAUGCAGCAAUAAGAGAAGAACUUGGGGACCGGAGCAUCACAGACCGCGCUUCGCUACAAUGCCCGUUCAAGCUCCACAAUGGACCGAGUUUCUGUUAUGUCCCAUCUGCACGCAAACCUUCGAGGAAAGCCACCGCAAACCCAUCAGCCUGGGCUGCGGACACACUGUCUGCAAAAUGUGCCUGAACAAACUGCACCGCAAGGCCUGUCCGUUUGACCAGACCACUAUCAGCACAGACAUCGAGCAACUGCCCGUCAACACUGCGCUGCUGCAGCUCGUCAGCGGACAGGUACCCAAAGCUUCCCCCGUGACGUUACUGACAGCUGCCGAGGACGUCAAACACUAUGAGGAGUCGCGCACGUGUGUGGAGGAUCUGGCGCUCUAUCUCAAACCCCUCAGCAACACCAGAGGUGCAGGUCUGAAUGGCGCAGCUCAGAGUGUCCUCAGCAGACCCAUGCAGAGGAAACUGGUGACGCUGGUGCACUGCCAGCUGGUGGAGGAGGAGGGCCGCAUCCGGGCCAUGAGGGCAGCCCGUUCCCUGGGUGAACGCACCGUCACAGAGCUAAUCCUCCAGCACCAGAACCCCCAGCAGCUCUCCUCCAACCUGUGGGCCGCCGUCAGAGCCAGAGGCUGCCAGUUCCUCGGCCCUGCCAUGCAGGAAGAAGCAUUGAAGCUGGUUCUCCUCGCUCUGGAAGACGGUUCAGCUCUUUCAAGGAAAGUUCUGGUCCUGUUUGUGGUCCAGAGACUGGAACCACGCUUUCCUCAGGCCUCCAAAACCAGCAUUGGACAUGUGGUGCAGCUCCUCUACAGGGCCUCCUGCUUUAAGGUGACUAAGCGUGAUGAGGACUCCUCCUUGAUGCAGCUGAAGGAAGAGUUUCGCACAUAUGAGGCUCUUCGUAGAGAACACGACUCUCAGAUUGUCCAGAUCGCAAUGGAGGGCGGCCUGCGCAUCGCCCCGGACCAGUGGUCUUCUCUCCUGUACGGCGACCAGUCCCACAAGUCCCACAUGCAGUCCAUUAUAGACAAGCUUCAGACUCCAGCAUCUUUCGCUCAGAGCGUGCAGGAGCUCACUAUUGCCCUGCAGAGAACCGGAGAUCCUGCCAAUCUGAACCGCCUCAGGCCUCAUCUGGAGUUGCUGGCCGACAUCGACCCCAGUCCAGAUGCCCCUGCGCCCACAUGGGAGCAGUUGGCUAAAGGGUUGGAGGCGGUACGGACUGUUGUUCAUGGACUGGUGGAUUUCAUCCAGAACCACAGCAAGAAGGGAGGGGAUCAGCAGCAGCCUCCUCAGCACAGCAAAUACAAGACCUACAUGUGCCGUGACAUGAAGCAGAAGGGUGGCUGUCCCCGUGGAGCGAGCUGCACCUUUGCUCACUCUCAGGACGAGCUAGAAAAAUAUCGUAAGAUGAACAAGCGUGUGGGGAUGCGUCGUCAGCUCAGUCAGUCCCUUACUCAGCUGAAUGAGCUGGAUCUGGGACUGUUGUCUGACGAUGGGCCGCCUAUUGAGGGUCUGCCACGCAAAUCCUCUUCCAUCACCAACGGGAUACUAGCGGCGGGACCUGGAUCCGCUCUAGCUCAUCUGGUUUCCAGAGGCUCGGACCCGUCUUAUGAGCCCACACACAAACCCACAAAGAUGGAUUCUGGUAGCCUCAGUGCUCCCGGCUCACCUCCAGACUCAUUGGAAUCCAUACCGAAACCAUCAAUGCUCAUGAAUGCCCAGUCCAGGAUAGCAGGCGACGGCGCAGUGGGACAGAAGCACUUGUCUGCAGUGCCUAGAGUUCCUCAGAUGUAUUCGUCACACCAGCCUGACCUGUAUUACUCUGAAACAAGAGCACCACCGCCACCAUCUGCCUCAUACGAAUCCUCCCAGUAUGCCACAGCUGGUAAUCCUUACCCCCACCAUCAUCGCUAUCCCCGUCAUCCUGCACCGGAUCCAGGAAUGUCGCCAUAUCCGGACUCUUAUCCCAACUCAUACGUCUCGAAGCACCAAUACACCAACCCUAGCGCUCAUUACGGAUACCCUUCACGCCAUGACAACCGAUGCCACUCACCCUACGCUCAUCCCCAAACAUUCGCCCCACGUGAAGAGCUAGUCCGAAGGAGUCCAGACAUCCCUCCCCCCUUACAACCCCAAAACACCAGCACCUCAUAUCUACCCGAAUCUGCUCAGGAGAGAUACACCACUGACUCCUAUAACCACCCCAGCCAGAUCAGGAAUUAUCACAGGAAUGCCUAUCCUCGAGCUCAGCACUCACUGGACUACCUGCACCGGCGCAGAAAAGAGAUCAUGGCCCAGCUGGAGGAGAGGAAGGUUGUUUCUCCACCGCCUUUCGGCUCUUCACACUCCUAUGACCCGGGCUACCCUCAAGAUAUGAGGGCACAGAGAGACUACAUUGAGAACACGCACGGAUUUGGACACUUCCGGGAACCGGACUACACUGCCUCAUAUUCACCAUGGUUAUGUGACACCAUCGGUUCUUACAUCGGCAGCAAAGACAUGAAGUCCAAAGAGGGCAUGCACUCCAUGGACGCACAAAAUGUAGAGAAAGGCAAAAGUCUGCGAGUGCACGGCUUGGAGCUUCAACGCAGAGCGACAGAAGUUAAAGACGACGACCCCAUCAUUCCCUUUGGCUCUCUGCCGACCGUGUCUCGUUUCGGAGCCAUUUCGCGCACAUCUAAACUGGGCUUCCCGCCAAACAGUCCAAUGCCACCCUUGCCAAACUCUGCCAAGCACACCGCUGAUUACACUUAUGCGAACCACAGUGGGUGGAGCGGUGACUCCUACCAGGCACACCAAACGUCUCAGGGCCACUUCAGCGAGCGGUCCAGUUUAUCUCCUGCCGUACAGGCCCGCGAGCAGCUGAGGAUGGAGCUACAGCAGGUCAACCAGCAAAUCAGCCAACAGACACACCCUCGCCUGGAGAACUCCAGCUCAGUGAUGUCCCAAGCAUCUCGGGUGGACUGGAGCUCUGGGAAUUUGUCCAGCGAGCAGCUGAGUUUCGAGCUGCACCAGGUGGAGAAAGAGAUCAACAAGAGGUCACAGGAGAUGGAGAACCAUGAUGGCAAAUACAAGCGGAUCUCAGUCGAAAACGGACCAGAUGAACAUCUUCUGCAGCGAGAUGAGCAUCAACUGAGUCUGAGUGAGGGCUCCAAUGGUUCCAUGAGUUUGGUCCAGGACUGUGGUCUCGUCAGCAGCAGCAUGUCCUCACUGACCAGCAAGACGUCCUCGCUCAGCUUGUCCUCUGAACAGGUGGCCAGCAGCCCCGAUCUGCCCAAGAAUGGAGUCGUUCACUCUUAGCCGGCUCAUAUUCUACCUCAUAUUCCCCUUCCACAACCUCUGGAGCACCCGGUUUGCUCUCCUGUCCCAGGUUAACAUUGCUGUAUAACACCGUUCAUUCGCUUAAUCCUGAACGUUAGCUUCAUCCGCUGACCCUCAAACACCCUUCAGGCAAUUAUGGGUGGGAUUUACUGUGCAUAGACAUGCACAGUCAUGCCCUGAUUGAGUUUCACAGCAGUAUCUGCUGUUGAGUAUCUUCUUCCUGUUUGUAUUCACCGCUUUCCUUUUUUCAUUGCCUUGUAAAUCAGGCUAAAUCUGAAAUAUCCUCAGUCUUAAGCAGCGUGAUCUCUUUAAGGAUCAGCAAUCCACUUGCGUUUUUUUUUAUCAUGUGAUGCUACAUUUUCAGUAGUUACGCUUUUUGUUUGUGCUUGGUGUGGCGUUUACACUUCUGUCAGAGUUUACAGUGUUCAGAUUCAGAUCUUUCUUUUAUGUUAGCUGCAGGCUUGCUGCAUAUUCAAGCAUUUUGAUACAUCAUAAGGGUCGAAACAAUUUUCAUAAUUUAGGCUUCAAUUUUUUUUCUAGUCACUAAAUUGACCUCAAUUGCUCUCAUGCCAAGAAAGCCAAGUCUUAAUAGGGCUCUUGUAUUGUUUUCAGUGCGUUAAACUGCACCGCCUGUGGGAUUUCGAUUGAACCACCUGUAAUCAUCAUCAUCAUCAUCAUCUUCUUCCUCUGCUGUAAUGUCCUCAGGGAUGCAUUAUUUUUGGACGUGAAUAGAAAUAACAAUCCAGGUCACUCUGCUUAGUUUGUAGUGGGUAUAGUUACAUUUUUCCAUCCUGAGGAUGGAAAGAAGCCCACUGUGGUGAUGCAUAAAGCUGCAUUCUGUUGUAAGAAUGUGUAUAAACUAUUCUUCACUUUGUCAGUGAAGUUACGACCCACAUUUUUUUUAUAUAUCUGCUCUGUGUUUUGCCUCAAAAGAUGUGGUUCAGAGCUAAAUGAAAGACUUUGAUCUAGUCGUAAUCGCCUCAAGACUUUCCUUCAUUCUGUUUCAUCUUUGAACAUUGUUUUGAUGGGCUGCUUCAAUCGAAUUUCCCUAAAGGCUGGGCUUUCAAACAUGUACAUGACAGCCUUUUUAGGUUUACUUUAAACACUGGAGCUUCUUUACUCUGUGUUAGUGUCAGAUGUCUUACUGGAGACAUAAAACAGCGAGCCAAACAACUGGACGAAAGUAUUUUGCAUUAUUAUUUUUUGUUCUGACCCAACCAAAAAUUUAGUUUGUAGUUCUAUCAGCCGCAUUGAGCUCUGGAGAUCCACAAAAAGUCAAUUCUCUGAUGUUUUUACUAGCCGUUUGGUGCAUGAAAACGUCAAGAGCAGCAGCCAAAAAUCGAACAUUCUGUUGUUGGGUUGAAACGUUUGUGGAGUCUGUUGAAUUUUCCCACCUUCUCUGCGUAGAUUUUCUUGGAAAAUGGUAAAGCAAUUUAUAAAGCAAAUUAUACACAAGUAUAAAAUUGAAGUCGCAUUACUUUUAAUUAAAGUAAAAAACAGAUUUUUCUGACAUCAAUAAAGCAGCAGAUUGAUUAAAACGCUUGCACUGUAAUCUCAAACCUGCAUUCUUCCAUGUAGAUCUCUUUCUCGGUGGUGAAAUCUCAUCAUUUAGGAAACACUGUCAUGCCUCAAUAACUUAGCUUUAUGUUGUAAGUUAGUUUAUUUUUGAUUGUUUUUUUUGUCUGCUAGCAUGUAAUGGUCUCUUGAGACAUCCUACCGCAACCUUAAAAGCACCUAUUUUGGUGGAAAUUCUCUUAAGUUGGAGUUAAAUUCUAUUUUUUUGUUUGAAUUUGUAUGGUAUUACUGUGGCUUUGGUCUGAGCUUUGGACAUUUUAAGCAAUCGUCAAGAUUGGAAAUUGCAAUUUUGUUUAGGUAAUAGAACUGUGGUGCACAGUGUGGAGAAAUCUUUUCAAAUUGAUUACGAACUGUACUCAAAGGCGAACUCGUGUUAAAACGCUCUUGUAGGAAUUUGUAGGAUCUAGAAAAUGUCCUAGGUUCACUUGGGUAAUGUCAUGUUUGUUUUGUUUUAAAGGAACACCUCUGUCUUUAUCUCAGGGUUGAUUUUAAGUGUAUUUGGGUGUAAACGUCUGUCGCAGUGCGCACGCUUUGUUUUUGUUUUGUUUUUCAGGACUGCAAUUGUCGCUCAACCAGUUUCGAGACUUGAAGACUUCAAGACUGUGCCUUUAUGUAGAUCCGCAGUUAUUCAUGCGUCUGGGGUGUAGAUGUAGCCGAACCAUUCUUAUUUAUAAUAUUCCACUCUCCUCAGUCUUCUAAGUCAGCAUUUAUAUUAAAUGAUCUUUUCGUAUCUGCAGGCUUUCAGAACGCCAAACUGAGUACUGCCUAUCCUUUCUGAGACAAAGGAAUUUAUUGCCAGGUCAUUCGUUUUUGUAGCCAUUUUGUGUAUCUUUGUGAGUUCAAGUAUUUAAGCAUGUUUCAUGGUGUGAUGGUGGUUGUUUGAUGUUAGGCUUCUUUGAAGAGUCUGAAUUGGAAAAGGAAAACAAGGACAGCCUGUGUGUUAUGUCAUAGUUUGAUAUCAAUAUUCAGAGAGGGAGUAUUAAGGUUCAUUUUUAGGCAUUGGAGGUCUAAUGAUGCAGAUAAGCAAAUCAAGGAUUACUCUGUUUUCAUAAAUGCCAUUAAAACAAUCCGCGACAGUUCUUUUGUACCUAAAGUAAGACUGAUUUUAAAAAAAAAUUCAAUGUUUCCUUGAAUGAAACGCAGAUUGUAUGAGCUCUUGCAGAAGGGCUCAAUUUAUUGUGGUUUUAAAAUUAUGUAUUUUAAGUCAGCCAUACGAAAACCAUCUUUUUAAAACUAUUGUUGCAAAGCAACAUUUACACGAUCACCCCAUGACCAAUGGGAAUCACUACCGAUUUGAAAAGGGAACCAAAAUGUUUACCUGGAUGAAUCACAUGAAACCUUCACCUCAUAGCAAAUGUUUUUGCGUCCCAUGAAAUGAAGCCUGUUUUUGUGACCUUUAUUUUUAUUGCUUUCUGAAUAAUAGAACAAAUUCAAAGUACUGAUAUGUCAUAUGUAUAGUACUUCCUUUAUACCUAAUUUAUUAUAAGAAAUUGUUUUUUUUAAAGUAAUGAGAAGGCAAUAUUUUUCCACAUUAUGUCACAGUAAUGACAUGUUAUAGAGUAAACUUGCAAAAAAAAAUUCCCAAAAUGUGCUGAAUUUUAAUAUAGAAAAUGUUUUUGUUACUGUAAUGCAGUAAUGUGAAUGCAAUAAUCUUCCACAUUGUGGUAAUGACAAUUUUAGGAAAUAAACGGACUCAAUUAUCACAAAAUGUUACUACAGUAAUACAGCUUGUGCAUUCACGUCAAGAAUAUGAUAUAUUUGGAAUUAAAUUGGACAAUUGUCUAAUCAUGUUUAUAGUACUGCCUUUAUAUUAAUACUAUAAAAAGAAAUGCUGCUGCUGAUUUUACUGUAAUGAGUAUUACGGUAAUGAGAAUGCAAUAUUUUUCAUGACAUUUUAGGUAGUAAACUUAAAGUUCUUAAAAAUAUGCUUAAUUUCAAUAUGAAAAGUUGCAGUUUUGUUAUUGUAUUAUGGUAAUGAUAAAGCGCUUUGGGUUUUAGAAAAGCGCGUUAUAAAUCAAAUAUAUUAUUAUUAUUAUUAUUAUUAUUAUUAUUAUUAUGAGUAUGCAGUAUUUUUGUGCGUCAUAAAUUAUGUUUUAGGAAGUAAAUUGGACAAUCGUCUCAAUUUUAUUUCUAAAAGUAUGCUUCAUUUUAAAAAGUACUGAUACAUCAUAUUUAUAGUACUGCCUUCAUAUCAUUAAUAUUAUGAAAAGAAAUGCUGCUGCUGUUUAUACUGUAAUGAGCAUUACUUUAUUAUGGUAAUGAGAACAAUUUUCUAUAUUGUGAAUGACACUUUAGUCAGUAAACUGCCUCAUAAAUCACAAAGAAAUCCCAAUGUGUUUUAUUUGAAUAUAUAUUUUAUUUUUGUUAUUAUAUUGUGGUUAUGAAAAUGCAGUAUUUUCCCCAUUUUGGUAAUGGAUAAAAUAGAAAAAUAAAGUUCAAAAAUGUGCUUCAUCUUCAAAACAAAAAGUUUUAUCUUGAUUUCGAGGCAAACAGUUUCAUGCGAUUCCUCCACCCAGUGCUGACUUGUAAAAAUAAAUUUAUAUGUUGUAUUUAUGAUCAGUGUCUAAUGAAAAACCUCAAGUGUUUCCUCAUUGGAACUCAUUUUCGUAUUGUGAUUUUUACCUGCAUUUUGAAAUGCGAAUGUAGUGCUAAUUAGUGUCAAAAGUCAUACAAAUGAGAAUAUAGGAAGGGUUGAAAUUUGACACUUAGUGCCUGAAACACCAGAGACUGUAGUAUGUUUUCCCACACAGAUAAAUGAUUGAUGGUACAUAUUGUUCCCUGAUCUCAAGGGGAAAGUAUGCGUCGCGCACAUACACACGAGAAGUCGCAACGUUACUUGAAACCGAUGGUUGUGCACAAAUUCAGGCUUUAGUGUUUUAGCUUAUAGCUGUAGGACGUAGUUUUGAAAUGGAUGAUUGCGUGUUUGUGUCCAAAGAGAGUGCUGUCCACCUCAUUUCUGUACGUUUGUUCCCACUGAAACUCAUUGCUUGCACUCAUGUAUUGACUGUUUUUCGUGAGAUGGGGUGUUGCGUUGUGGUCUUUAUACCAUGAUUCCUAACAUCGGGAUAUAUAAUUGUUUUUGAUGAUUUCUCCCAUGUUAUCUCAUGAUAGACUGCUUAAAUUAAGGUACACUUUUAACUUCAACCUGAAUAAGAAAAUAAAUGUUUGUAUAUUAUACUCCAUUAUGGAAUGUUUAGAAUAUUUCUCCAAUGUGGAUGUAGUUGUAAUACCUUUUUUCUCUUUGUACAAGAAUUCACUGUGUGAAAUUUUGGAUUGCAUUUUUGUAUAAUACAAUUGCUUUUCUUCUUUGAGAGGGCAGGGGGUAUUACUAACUGGAUUUUUGAAUUAGAUAUUGAAAAAAAAAACUUGAAAAAUUAUUUAAUAAGAAAUGUAUUUUAUGUGCAGCAGUGAUUCUGGCAUGGAUUAUGAUUAAAUGAUAUUGUAAACCA